UCAGUAUAGUUUAUUUUUGAAUAGUAUAACUAAAGGAUAGAGCCCUAGGUACGAAUUAAAACCAAUUAAAUAAACAAUUAUUUGAAUUUUUUUUAUAUUUUACAAGACUUGCUCUUGAUUUUGGACUACAACGACUGCAACGAUUUACAAUGGAAAUAUUUCUUGAACGGUUCGAGUCGGUUUUUGUGUCAUGUUUGUUAAUUGCUUUAAUGUUAAUCUUUGGUUCUCUUUGGUACAUUUUAGCUGGAAUAACUAUUUACUUAUUUUUAAGCUUAUAUUCAAAGAAAAGCAUAUCGGAAGAGGUUUUAAAAAAACGAAACAACACGUUUGUUGUCAUUAUUGGAGCAGGGUUUUCUGGCAUUUGUGCUGCAAUUAAACUUAAAGAAGAAAACAUAAAAUUUAUUAUUUUUGAAGCUGCUCCUGACCUUGGAGGUACAUGGUUGCACAAUGUGUACCCUGGAUGUGCAUGCGAUGUUGUAGCGCAUUUGUAUUCCUUUUCCUUCUAUCCUAACCCAAAUUGGAAAACUCAAUUUGCCAGUCAGUCUGAGAUUUUACAGUAUUUGAAAAGCGUAUGCGACUUUUAUGAUAUUCGCCAAUACAUGAGAUUUAAUACUGCAGUACAAAAGUGUUACUUUGAUAGUAAAACGCAGCAGUGGAAAGUAACUACUUCUGGAAAUGAAGAGUUUAUGUGCAAUUUUGUUAUAUCUGGCGCUGGGGUACUACAUGUGCCAAAAACACCUGUGUUAAAAGGUUGUGAUUUGUUCAAAGGAGAGAGCUUUCAUUCAGCAAAAUGGAAUAAAGAAUGCAACUUAGAAGGAAAGUCAGUUGCUGUUAUAGGUACUGGAGCUUCUGCAGUUCAAAUUGUUCCAAGCAUUGCUGAUAGGGUGAAAAACUUAUAUGUAUUUCAAAGAACACCGGCAUGGAGUAGUUUACCCGCAUUUCUUAAGCGAUCUCCGUUAUACCCGAGAGGGGCGCAAACAGUUUUCAAAAUGUUUCCUACAAUUUUUAAACUUUAUAGAUGGUUAACUUUCGUCAGGAAUGAAUUAAGUUUUUAUUUAAUAUUUCGAAAUAAAUCAUUUUUAACAAAACUAAUUCAAAAGUCUAUGACUAAAGCCAUCCAAGAUCAACUACAAAAUGAAUCUUUAAAAAAGAAAAUGGUGCCAUCUUAUGAUAUAGGAUGUAAACGAAUCACACCAUCAAAUAAUUUUCUUCAAGCUUUCAACAAAAAAAAUGUACGUUUAGUUACAGAACCAAUAACAAGUUUAACAGAGAACGGUAUAAAGACGGGAGAAAACGAGUACAAAAUUGAUGUAGUAAUUUAUGCAACAGGAUUUGACGUUGCAGCUUCAAUUAAAAGUUUGAAUAUAAUAGGACCAGAUGGAGUUACACUCAAUGAAAGAUGGGGCAAUAAACCAAACGCAUAUUUAGGAAUAAUGUGUCCGGGUUUUCCAAAUCUUUUUUAUCUUCUUGGACCAAACACAGCAUUAGGGCACAACAGUGUUGUUUGGAUGAUUGAAUGCCAAAUGAAUUUUGUUAUGGAUGCAAUUCUUAAAUGUACAGAUAAUGGAUUUAAAUCUCUUGAGGUAUUAAGUAAAGUUAAUGACGAAUUCCAAUGUUACGUGACGUCCGAGACGAAAAAACGUCCGUUUUCUAGUUCUUGUGGAUCCUGGUAUCUCAACAAAGAUGGAGAAAACUUUACUCUUUGGCCAAGUCAUUUAUUAAACUAUUGGUGGAGAACACUGAGUGUAGAUUUAAAAGAAUUUAAAGUUCAAUGACUCUUUUAUUUAUUCAAUACAUACAACAAAAGUAGAGGAAAUUUAUAAAAAUAUAUGCUUUUUAAAAUUUUAUAUGUUAAAAAGUUUAUAAUUGGACAAAUUAAGGAAAAAAAAACACUGACAACCCUUUCAAUUAUAUUCUUAAAUAUCACGCAAUACUUUCGCGUGUAUAUUUUUAAUUAUAAAUAUACAAAAUAAAAAUAAGUUUAAAUAUACUAUAUUUACUAAUGUA